UAUGGGUAGAUUUAAAUAAUUUGAUUAGGCUCUUAAUCUUCAAAUGCUGUAAAAUAUGUACCUUCUUUUUAAGAAGCUAUAUAAUUAGAGAUAAAAUCAGGCGAUUAAAAGAUAAUUACCAGUUAACCUCAUAUAAAAGUGUUGAAAUAGAUUGAGACAAUAGAUUUUGAUGACAUUGAAGAAAAUAUAGAAAAUCAAUAGACUUUAGAAUAGAAGUAUUUAAAAUUGGAAGAUUUGGAUGCAAAGUUUAAGGAAGGGAAUAAAUCAUAUUCAGCUAUAAAUGUAUUUGAGUAUUGA